GAUUUCAAAUGAAUGAGAUAGAGACCAUUUAUGCUAGCACUGGGUCAGAUGUGAAAAUAAAAUGUCCAAACGAAAAAGUUACUAUAUGGCAAUAUUCCGAUUCUAAAGAUGUUCUUGCUGAGUGCAGAAAUGGACAAAACAGUGUUAAUCUAAAUCUAAAUGUAUCUGACAGAUUAAAUGUUACUUCUGAUUGUAAACUACUAAUACAUAAUCUUACAAUAGACGAUCUCGGUACAUAUUUAUGCGUGGCGAUUAAUGACGUCUCCUAUGCAAUACACGUUAAUCUUCGUAAACUUAAGGUAGAUGGCGCAAACAACUUAGGCGUUUUACACGGAACUGAAGGAGAAAAUAUAACCUUGGCCUGCACUGUUAUAGGGUUUCUACCAGGUGAUACAUUACAUUGGAUAACAGAAAAAAAAUUACUGGCCUCAGGAAACACUCAAUCAUUGGAAUAUGUGCUCCAGGCCCAUCGAUCUUACAAUUUGAAAGAGUUUACAUGUAUAACGGAAAACAGCAAAGAAACUUAUCCACUUGAAGCCGGUGUACAGUUAAAUCUUUUUUUGAAGCCUGCAGUGUCGAUAACCAUUUCUAUAAACUAUAGUGUACGAAAAAAGGAAAGGAUUGUUAAUGUAAAACAGGGUCAACACAUGGAAUUACAAUGUCGAGAAAAAGACAAUGCAACCGUAAAUGUGGAUAUAUUUUCAUGGUUAUUUAAUGGAAAUGCUUUUCAAAAUGCAACAAAGAGUGUUCUGUACAACAAAAUCAAACCUGAAAGAUCUGGACAGUACACCUGCAUGGCAAGCAAUAAAGCUGGGGAAGAUUCUGAUACUGUUAAUAUUACUGUGACCUGUAGUCCACCUUCGGUGAUUUACAUUUACUCAUGGAAAACCGGGGUCAUCAGUAGUGCCGCAGUUGUUGGGUGUCUGCUUUUCUUGUACGGAUUGAAAGAAUCAAUGGAACACAAGGCAAUAUAACAAUACCGGAAACAAGUGAAACUCAGUACGAUGAAAUAGAUGGUGCGUAUUACAAUUCAUCGAAUAUCAAUGGUAGACCUGAGCUUACAUUACACAAUGCAAAUAUCGAGACACUCCUGUCUUCAAGCAAUGGUAGAAUCGUAGAGAAUAUAACUGCUAACAAUGCUGGUACAGGGUAUUACCAUCACGAAAUAAUUCCGCCUAGCAACGAUUUAAACAUACAUAGAUCCAACAACGCUUCCUCGAGGUCGUCAUAUGAUGAUUCGUAUCUUGUUCCUUGUCGAAAAUACAUUAACCUGAAAAUUGACUUCAAUGAUGAAGACAGUCAUCGAAUAAGAGAACCAGACAAUCUUGAUGACGGUUUAUCUGCUUCAAACAGCGAAAGUAGUGAAACAUAUAUUAAAAGUGAUCAACAAUACGAAACACUGGCUGCAACAGAUACUGUUGAACAUUCUUAUGAGAGUCCAAUUGCAACAUAUUGACUAUAUGUUAAGUUUAUACAUUCCAUAGUAUUAAGAAUCCUUGUAGUGCAAAUUGGAAUUCCAAUACCGACAUUUAGAAAUUUCGCUUUAUUUUUUAUUAAAAUUCAGAACAAAUCAAAAGAAAUUGAGAUAUCCAUAUUAUUUCUAGAACGAUCCUGGAUUGUACUUAAUAAUCACUUAAAAAGACAUCAUUAUACCAAUAUUUAUAUUUUCUUCCUAAUAAAAUAAAC